AUGGGGUUGACGGAGUUGUUCAUCAGGAGUCUCUCUCCAUGGACACUUACGACUAUUCCCUUGGUUUUCGUCGUCGUGCUGGCAUCUACCCACACCGUCAUCAGAUUAUAUGAUGAACACAUCCGACUCAGGGCACCCAGGGUGGGAAAAAACCCAUGGAUUUGGGGACUUUGGCGAUCCCGUGCGUAUUUCGCACGGAACAGCAAGGAUCUCACUCACUACGGCUAUGAUGCGUACAAAGACUCAAUAUACCGAAUACAAACGGGCGAUAUGGAGCGCCUAGUAGUUGCAAACAGCUACUUGAAUGAGCUACGGAAACUUCCAGAUACCCGCCUAAGUAGCAAAGUGGCAGUUGUAGAGAGGAACCUAGGAUGGUAUAACGGUGUGGAUAUCAUCCUGAAGAGCACUUCCCAUGUGGAUGUCUGCCGUGUCCAGCUUGUCCAGAAUCUCGGCAGAGUUGUUGACGGCCUAGUAGCCGAGCUUGACAACGUAUUCCGACUCGAGCUGACGGCAUGCUUUGAGGACCGAGCAGACUUUUAUAACGCGUCCAAAACUAUUCUGCAUAUCGUCAAUCGCAGUAUUGCUAAGACUAUCGUCGGCGAACCUUUAUGCGACCGGGACGAAUGGCUUAGCACUAGUUUAAAGACGACUGUGAAUACUGGCAUGCUGACGGACAGGUUGAGAAAAUUGCCUGUUCUAGUUCGCCCACUGGUAAGCCCUUAUACGGCUUCGGGAAAGGCGUUGAAAGAGGGUUUGGAAGUAGCGCGAAGAUUACUUUCGGAGGAGAUCACCGAGAACAGGCGACGCGGUGGAGAAAGGACCGAUAUCUUGCAGUGGCUUAUUGACCGCCACGACGCUGACGACGUUGGUAUUCAAUUUCUAACCAACCAAGUCCUGUUUAUCACUACGGCUGCCACCCGAUCAACCGCAGCCUCAAUAGUACACACCACCUUUGAUCUUCUAGCCUAUCCGCAGUACCAGAACAUACUUCGCCACGAUAUCGAGGAUGCUUUGAUGAGGAGCGGCGGAUGGAGUCUCGAGGCGCUCCAUGGGAUGGAGAGACUGGACAGCUUCAUCAAAGAAUCGCAGCGGCUCAACCAUCACCCUCUUUUGUCCUUCAACCGGAAGGUGCAGAGUUCCAUCACCCUUAAAGAUGGCCUCACUAUCCCUGCGGGCACUUUCAUCUCGGUGCCAAGUUACUGGGCGGCUAGGGACCCUGAUAUCCAUCUAAACGGCUCUGAGUUCCACCCCUGGUAUUGGUUCGACUUACGCAGUACGAGUCCAACAAACUUGUACUGGGGCUAUGGGCGGAAUGAAUGCCCCGGUCGUUUUAUGGCGGCCGUGGAGAUAAAACUUCUCGUGGCGUGGAUGCUACGAAACUUCGACGUAACCUUUCCGCCGGGCCAGACAGGCCGGCCAGAGAACCUGUUCGUCGACGAACGAGUACGUCCAUGUCCAACCCAAGAGGUCGGCUUUCGAAGGCUCCGAUAG